GGGGCGCCCUUUCAUUUAAUAGGAAGCGGUGCUUGUCAACAUCUAAGCAACCGACGCCUUCUAUCCUUUGGUCAUAUAUAUGACAGAUCGGUGACAGCACCAUGUCGGAAGGAGAUGCAAAGGUGAGUGAAUCGGUGGAGAACAAAACCCCCGAGGAGGAGGACAAAAUCCUAGAUAAGGAAGAGACUGUGAAGGCAGGACCUAGUGAAGGAGAUGCUGCUACAGGAGGUGCAGAGGCAGCUCCAAUAGAAAAUGGAACCAAGAACAAAGUUAAACAUAAAAAGAAAGGAAAGAAGGAAGUAGUUUAUGGAGUAAAAUUACCUAUUAUUGCUUCAACACCUGUUGGGGCUACAGGUGGCAGCUACAAAUGGGAGACACUUAAAAUGAUGAUGAAUCCUCGAGUGUUUGCUACUCCAGUGCUGCACAAUAACGAACUUUACAUAAUAGGGGGUUGUGACGAGAAAGGGGAGCCUUUAGACUCGUGUGAGCAUUACAAUGCAGCAAAGAGAAAGUGGAAUGCUCUAAACAAUAUGCCUACGAAACGUGCUGCCCCAGCCUGUGGAGUGGUAAAGGACAAAAUCAUAGCCAUAGGAGGUGUAGGCAUAUCACAGAGUGCAGUCGACGCUGUAGAAGUGUAUUCUAUAGCAAGCAAACAGUGGAGUAAAAUGGAGUCCCUUGUGAAUCCCCUCCUAGGAUUAUCACUGGUCAUCAAAGAUGAUCUGGUGUAUGUGGUCGGUGGGAUGUCGGACGAUACUAACCCCAGCGAUAGCCUGCUCAGCUAUGACGUAGAGAGAAACGUCUGGAAGAAUUACGCCAGGAUGAAUGUACCACGAUACGCUACAUUUUCAUUCAUUGUUAAUGGAAAAUUAUAUGUGAUUGGAGGACGACAAGGAAAAAUUCCAAGUGCAGCCUUUGAGUGUUACGAUUUCGAGCAGAAUAAGUGGGAACAGCUUGCUAACAUCCCGGGGAUGACCAAACGAGUAUUUGCUAUGUAUGCGGCCGCUGACAAGUACAUCUUCAGUAUAGGGGGUCUCAACCAACCUGCCACCCUGGGCUUCUCCAGUGCCAUGGAACUUUUCAACACAGAAACAAAACAAUGGGAAGGAGCUCCUGACAUGAAGAUAAAGCGAGGAGAUUUUGCUGUUGGAGUGGUCGGCACCAGAAUUAUAUGUGCUGGUGGUCUAGGUAAUCAAGGUAAACCGCUGAACUCUGUUGAGGCCUUUGACUGGGGCAGCAAACAGUGGAGUGAGAUUACAGAUCUGCCCUCCUCUCACUGCUCGUGUGCUCAUAUCAUGCUGAACGGACGACUCCACAUAUUGGGAGGCCUCACAAUGGGCGGGGCCGGAAAGAAAGUGGAGGCCCUCGGUUACCGGUGACCAAAGUACUAAUGUCAGACUCGUGACUUAACCAGUCGUUACGUCCUGUGAAUCAUCUGCUUGUUUAACCAACUCCCUCUUGUUGUGAAACUUGCUUUUUGUUCACGAAAGCAAUGAAUUAAUUUGGUACCAGAAAUUAUGAGGUCAACAUAAUACAAUUUGCAAGGUUUCAUUUAAUUAACAUGUAUUAUGUACAGUGCACAAUAUUCUAUCAAUAACACUUCUUAACAGUGUCACCAUAGCAUGAGUCGUACUUAGAUAACAGGAAAACCUCAAAGGAUAAAUAUUAGAAAAUCACAAGUACUAUUUAUUAUGUAUUAGAUAGAAAAUACACCUGUUAGCUUACUUUUACUUAAGAUAAACCCAACAUGUCACAUUAUUUUCGUGUGAGGUUAACCUCACUUUUUAUCACAAGUUAUAUUGGAUAUGUCAUUAGUCCUAAAAUGUUUUUUUCCUCUGAGUCUAAUUUUACGGUUCACCACAGGUUCGUAAAUUUUAAGUAUUUUAUCUAGAUCUUAAUAUUAACUCAUUCGCCCCUAAAGCCACAUUUGAACUCUUCCAAUUGAAAGUUUGGAAUAGUUCAUUAUGAAAUUUCAUGGGUGAAGGAGUUCAUAUUUCCUUUCAUUCCUCCUUAUAAAGCUCACUCAAAUCCUACAGUAUUUCACAUCAGUUCCCUCCAAAUUUAACUCAACAGUUCACCACAGGUCAUGAAUAUGAAUUGAAAAAAUAAAUACUGGACUAAACUAAAUUAGUUUGUGUACAGAAAUAUGAUAUAGCAGGAAUCUGCUAUAAAAUGACCUAACACAAGGGUAACCCGGCUUGGCUCUAUUCCUUGCCUGAUUCAAACCUGGCCAUGAGCCACUUUUAAAAGUACAGACUAUUAUAUACCACACAUAGGUAAUAUAAAGAUACAAACAACUUUAGCAAAACAAUUUUAACAAUUGCAUUUAGUCCUUCUUUAAUUCUAAAAAGAGUAUGAUAUACGAAGACUAUGCUAUCCUUAAGGUGCAAAACUAAAACAAACUUCAGAAAUAUGCCGGAAGUUACAUCACAACACAAUGAUAUGAACCGCUAAAAGUUUGCAGAAAGUUUUGACAUUUAAGUUAUGAAAACAUGUUCUAGAGAUGAUUUUUGAGGUUUCUCAUGAGUCCGUCAAGUAUUGUUGCUAACUGCAUACAGAUACAAUAAAACUGACGAAGGUAAACAACUUAUAGAAGGAGUCCUUUGUUGUAUAAGAAACGGUAUACUGGGGAAGUUUCUCAAUGGUUUACCUUUCCACUUUUUAUCCCUCAAAAAUAAGGGCGAGAGUGAAGGGGGAUAACUCUGGGCAGAUAUGGAUUAUCUGAGUGAAGGGGGAAAUUUUCCCAGUAUUCAGAAGCACAUUACAAAGCGUUAACAAGAUUUCAAUUUUUUAAUAAUAAUUAAGCAGCUGUUGUGACUGUCCAAUUGUACACUGAUCAUGUCCCUACUUAAAUGAUAAUUACCAGAUGUUUUUAUUACCAUUUGAUACUGAAGUCUCAUUCUGGCUGUUAUUUUUAUAGCCAUCUUUGUUAUUUUUUAUAUAACAUUCGAAAGAAUUCCUGGAUUCCACCCAAUAUAGCUUAUUUAAAAAAUAUUUUUAUAACUAACAGCUAUUUUGUAACCUUUUCUUAUAAAGAUAGUUGUAAUUUAGUGCUUAAACCUCGAUAUAGAAAGGUUUUGUAAAGAUGACAAGUGUGUUUUGUUUACACUGUUGAUGUAGUGUAGGAAUAUAAAAUAUUGUGGCUGUAUCGAGACUUCCCAAAAAAUA